UAUUUCGCUCCUCACGCUGCAACCGACUAAGCUUCUUGUCUUUACGUGCAGCUUAGAAGAGACGAUCUCCAAGCCAAAGAUACACUCUACUUUUCUUUUUUUUUUUGUUGGUUCAGUGAUUCGUUUUCCGCAGCAUUUUGUCCGACUUAAACCACAAACCUCGAACUCUGGCUUUAACAUUGACCGCAACUGAGGAAAAUUGAUUGGAUGCUUAUGGGUGUUGCUUGAGCCGCCACCAGUGUUUCCUUGCCCCAAAAAAAAAGAAGCAGCUACCAUUUCCAUUAAUGCUUACAUUGUCAUGAUGGAGGGGAUGUGCCAGACCUUUCAAGAGCCUCUGAAAGUUGACUUUAAAAGUGAAGAGGGAGAUUCUGAUUCUGAAGAUAAAGGGAACAACCCUUCACAAGACAGGAGCCACCUCUUAAUGACUACCUUGGAAAACAGGUCUGUGCACAUUAAGGAAGAGAACCAUGAAUGGGAGCCCAUCAACUGUAAACAGGAGGGAAUGUGCAUUAAAGUUGAGGAUUUUGAACAGAGGGCUGUAGGCUUUGAAGGUUAUAAACAGAAAUCGGUCGGCACUGAGCUGCAGACUCAGGCAUCCCUUGACAUUGUUAAGGAAGAAGACUUUAAGUCAGAGUUUCUCUCUCACUUUUUAUCCAUUGGUCCACUUCCAAAACCUUCCUAUGUGUAUCCAAAUGGAAAGGCUUUAGGACUAGAAUCUGGUCUUCAGGAACAUCCCGUCUCUGCAAAGUGCAAGACUUUGGACCUCUAUGCACAGAGAAUCGAGAAGUCAUCAUCUCCAUGUUGUUCUGAAGAAGGCUUUCAAGAGACUGGCAGCUUCUCUCAAUCUUCAUUUGCUCCAACAUCUGACAAAUGCCGAUCACAACUGAAACAAGUGGAUGAAAAUAUGAAGAAAUUGACAUCUGGAUUAGAGAAUUUAGUACCGGUCUCUUUACAAUAUUGUUCUCUGCUUGUGAGUAAAACAAAUACAGAUGGCAUAAACAUUCAUGGACUGUUACAAAAUACUCACCCAACAGAUCUGUUUGUCUGCCAAGAAUGUGGUAAAAGCUUUAAACGUAAAUCUAAUUAUAAAGAUCAUCUGUGGAUUCAUACAAGAGAGAAACCACAUUCCUGUGCUGAGUGUGGCAAGCAAUUCUCUAAAAUAAGAUAUCUUCAGAGCCACACAAGAGUUCACACCGGAGAAAAACCUCACUCUUGUUCUGAAUGUGGUAAACGAUUUUCACAAAUUAGCAGCCUUCAAAAACACACAAGAAUACACACGGGAGAGAAGCCAUAUUGCUGUCCAGAAUGUGGGAAACGAUUCUCACAAAUACGAAAUUUUCAGAACCACAAAAGAAUUCAUACUGGAGAGAAACCAUAUUCCUGUUCUGAAUGUGGCAAGCGAUUUUCACAAGUAAGUAAUCUUCAGGCACACACACGAAUUCACACUGGGGAGAAACCAUAUGCUUGUUCUGAAUGUGGCAAACGCUUCUUGGACAAUAGCAGUCUUGGAAAACACAAAAGAGUACAUAAUGGAGAGAAGCCAUUUUGGUGUCAUGAAUGUGACAAAACGUUCUCCUGUAGCAGUAGUCUUCAGAUACACACAAGAAUUCACACUGGAGAAAAAACAUAUUGUUGUUCUGAAUGUGGCAAACGAUUCUCUGACAGUGGCAGUCUUGGGAAACAUCUAAGAAUUCAUAGUGGAGAGAAGCCGUACUGCUGUUGUGAGUGUGGUAAGCGAUUCUCCUACAGCAGCAAUCUCAGAAAACAUGUUAGAAUUCACACAGGAGAGAAACCACAUUGUUGCAUGGAAUGUGGCAAACGUUUUUCACAAAUAUGCUACCUCCAAAGCCACAUAAGAAUCCACACAGGGGAAAAGCCAUAUUCUUGCUCAGAAUGUGGAAAACGUUUCUCAAACAGUAGCAGUCUUGGGAAGCAUGCCAAAAUUCACACUGGGGAGAAGCCUCACUGCUGUAUUGACUGUGGCAAGCGAUUCUUACAAAUAAGCCACCUUAAGACACACUUAAAAAUUCACAAUGGGGAAAAGCCAUUUUCUUGUUCAGAAUGUGGAAAACGAUUCUCAAGCAGUAGCAGUCUUGAGAAACAUAGAAAAAUUCAUACUGGAGUGAAACCUCACUCCUGUAGUGAAUGUGGGAAGCGAUUCUUGCAAACAAGCCACCUUCAGACACACUCAAAAAUUCACAUGGGAAAUAAGAGAAAGCCAUAUUGUUGCACUGCAUGCAAUAAGCAAUUUUCAUGCAAGAGUUCUCUUGAAAAGCACAAGAGAAUUCAUAAUGGAGAAAAGCCGUAUUGUUGUACAGAAUGCGGGAACAAAUUCAUACAUGCGAGCAGCCUUCGAAAACACAACAGAAUUCACACUGGGGAGACGCUGUAUGGCUGUACAGAUUGUGGCAAGCAGUUCACACAGUCAGGAGCUCUUCGAGCACAUGAGAGGAUUCACACUGGAGAGAAGCCAUAUUGCUGCACAGAAUGCAGCAAGCAAUUUACACACAUCAGUAAUCUUCGACAGCACAGGAAAAUCCACAGCAGGGAGAAGCAGUAUUGCUGCCCCGGGUGUGAUAAGCAAUUCUCAUGCAAGAGCUCUCUGCAGAAACAUAAAAGGAUUCACACUGGAGAAAAGCCAUAUUCUUGUAUGGAGUGUGGCAAACACUUCACACAAUCGGGCGCCCUUCAGGCACAUGAGAGAAUUCACACAGGAGAGAAGCCGUACUUCUGUACAGAGUGUGGUAAGCAAUUUACACAGUCGAGCAGACUUCAGAGUCACAAGAGAACUCACACUAGAGAGAUUGUGGACUGUGGAAAACAGUUUUUAUACACUAGUGUUCUUCAAAAACACAAGAGAAUUCACAUUGAGAAACAAUUUAAUGGCUUGGAGUCUGGCGCUAAGAAUAUGAAAAGGGCCGCACAAACCAUAGAAAGGGUUGCGCUGAACAUGGGCUCGUCAAAAGAUGACGUCAUAGAGCAAAGGCUGGCUCGCAUCAAACAAGAGGACUGUGAGUGGGACUCUGUGCCCAUUUCUCCAAAGGGUCUUUGCAUGAGCAGGAUGGAUUGCGAAGAGGGGAAGUCUGCUAUUAAAGAGGAGGAUUGCGAGGAGGAGCGUUUUAACAUUAAAACGGAGGAUACCAGCCACAUCUCCAUGAAUCUCAAAAGUGAAACCUGUGACAGUGUAAAUAUCAUCAAGGAAAGUAUUUCCCCAGUGAAAGAGGAGUCCAGUUUACCGGAGUGUCCAGCUUCACUGAAAAAGACAACUUCUGUUGAUCCUUUUCUACAGCAGCAUUCUGUCACUUCAAGCCAGGAAUUACCCAAGAUUAAAGAUGCAGGUUUUAAAGACAGGGGCAGUUCUUCCCAGUUAUUUUCUGAGACCCAUCUUCAAUGCAGUUCCCAAAAGGAGCAGUGUGAUGAAAGCAUGAAGGAAUCAACAUUUACAACAGAGAGUUUAAAACUAGCCGCCUUGCAAAAUAAACAUAUUCCUAUUGUAAAAUUGAUAAGAAUAGAUGCUAUAGAUAAUUAUCAGGUGAAGAAAAAAAAAUCAGUAGCUUUGCAUGUCUGCCAAGAGUGUGGGAAAAGCUUUAAAUGCAAAUAUGAUUAUGAAGACCAUCUGUUAAUUCAUACCGGAAAGAGGCCAUAUUGCUGUCCAUAUUGUGGCAAACAAUGCUCUGGUAGAAACGGCCUUCGAAAGCACAAAAGAAUUCAUACUGGAGACCGACCUCAUCAGUGUUCCGAAUGUGGAAAAAGAUUCUUCCAAAUAAGUCGUCUUCAGAUUCACAAAAGAAUUCACACUGGAGAGCAACCGUAUUGCUGUUCAGAAUGUGGUAAACGAUUUUCACACCUGAAUAGUCUUCAACGACACUCAAAACUUCACACAGGAGAAAGACCUCAUUGUUGUUCUGAAUGUGGUAAACAAUUCUUAGACACAAGCAGCCUUCAAAAACACUCAGUAAUUCAUACAGGAGAAAAGCCAUAUUGCUGUUCUAAAUGUGGGAAAAGAUUCUCUGACAGCAGCACACUGCGGCAGCAUUUAAGGAUUCACACAGGAGAGAAGCCAUAUCGCUGUUCUGAAUGUGACAAACGAUUCUCGCGCAUAGGCUCUCUUCAUAUCCACACAAGAAGUCACACAGGAGAGAAGGGUAAAAAUGGGAGUUCAGACCAACGUAAAAAAAAUUGACAAGACCAUACAUAUGGCGAUAAACACUUUGACCCCUUGCUGAGCCCCAUGUGAACCUUAGGUUGACCUGACUCACAAGAAUUGAACUGAGAGAGAGCUCGGCUAACACAAGAUAGAUCAAAGAAUCAAAAAUCAUAGUGUAGUCAUAAAACUAGAUUUAGCCAUCAAAGCCAAAUGUUUGUACAUAGCUCACAUAAUUGCAGCUUCAGUCCUAAGUGACUACUCUACCAUGUAACUGGAGAGACAAAAGUUAGGGAAAAAAAUAACAGAUUCAGCUUUAAAACAAGUUACACACAGAAGCUGACAACUUGUUGUAGUUGUUUUAGACCCAUAGAACCUAUCAAGAAACACCCAAGAGCAUGUAGACGAUUAUGAUUAUUAGGAUUUCUAAUAUAUAAUUCUGACCUCUUUCUCUAUGAGCUACAGAAUGAGAAUUUACUGGAGACAAUGCAGGUGUUAUGCCAGGCUGUUACUGUAAAUUAACGACAAAUUAGUAAUUAAAAGAAAAAAAGAGGCUAUCAAGCGAUUUCCAAAGAAAUUUCUGUCUACCAAACACAGAAUACAAAGAAAUGCACGUUGAAAUAAGCAACAUUUUGAAAUAAGCAUUUGAAAAUUUUCAAGUUAAUAUAUUAUUGAUGAUCGAAAUAACAUAUGUUUUACUAUAUGCACCUUCCCAAAGAUUAUAUUUGUACAGUAUGUUUUCCAGUACAAAACCAUCGUCCGUGUUUCAAGUCUGCCAUUGUCCUUGCAGCCAGAGCUUCCCAGUGUUAAGAUUUAGUCAGGGAUUUGUCCCUUUCUUAAGUAAAUAUUUCCUUAAUUUUAAUAU